AUGUCCUUCUUACUUGCCCUGCUUUCCUCCCUCUCCCCUGUCGGCGAUACGGCCGAGAUCUUCAAUGUGAACGGAGAGUUACACCUCCGCGGCGACCAGCACCGCUUCGACGAUCUGGUCAACACGAGGACGGACGACCCACACGAUACGAUCCGCGGUUCCCCCGAUGGCGAUAUCAUCACCUACGGCGGUUCGAUGCUACGCUUCAGCGAGACCUCCGUCAUCGAGGUCAGGACGGAGACGGUCAUUAUCUCCGACCUCCCCGGCGACCUGCACCUGAAGGGUGUCACCUUCGACGUGCGACAGGGCGCGGGGUUGUGGAUCAUCGUGGCCACCACCACCAUCGAAGCCCUUGAGGGGGACUCCGCGGAAUUCUUCACGGUCGAACCGCAAGGGCACCUGGGGCUGUACGCCGACAGAGUUGGUCCCUUGCCCGACGAUGGAAUGGCGGUGAGGAACAGCGUUGUUGUCUGGUAG